AUGUUCAAAUUCAUUGCUAUUGUUGCUCUGCUGGUUGCCAGCGCCAGCGGGCAUGAGCCUGUGCUGGCUAAGGUUGGAACCGUUGUGCACAGCGCUCCUUCGGCUGUCUCCCAUCAGAGCAUCACCCAGGUGCACAGCAAGCCCUACGUGCAACAUGUGGUUGCUCCUGUGCUAAAGACCACCAUACACUCUGCUCCAGUUGUUGCUGUUCACUCCGCUCCUGUUCUGCAUCACGCUCCUGCUUAUGUUCAUGCUGCUCCAGUGCUGCACUCUGCUCCUCUGGUCAAGUCUGUGCUGCACACAGCUCCUUUGGCUUAUACUCUGCAUCAUUAGAUUGGCAGCGCGCACUUUGUUUGUGAUAUAACUCCUUUUGAUUUUUUAUUUCUUUUUAAAUAAACCUUUUGAUUUGAAUAACAAGUAAUCAAAGCAGUUUGAUUGUCAGUCUUAAACUUCACUCUUAUAUUCAAAAAGCGGCAACAUGGCAUAGUUAUAGGCUUAGUUGCUUAACCUGCGUAUAGCAGCAGCUGUAAAAUAUUUUUGUUGCCAGUUUUGAGGCUAACAAAAGCUAAAACAAAUUGAUUGAUUAAUAACAAACUCAUAACCAUGCAAAAACUUGUUUGCAAAGUUAAUAAACUUUUAAAUGCCGCAAUUGGCUAAACAUAAAGCGUGGCUUUAAUUACCAUGCAUCAAUAAAUAAAAAGUGGUAAUUACUUGUAAGUAAGGGUACUUUAAUUGCAUACUAACAUAGUCUAUAUGUUUUUUUUUUUUUAGUUUUUUUUCACUUAGUUUGUUCUACUAUAAACAGGGCAC